GAGAUGAAAAUUGGCGAACGAACGCGCGUGCUCUGUAAGAUACUAGUACUCUGUGAAAACGACAUUCUUAAUGAUUGCGCUAGUAUGUCACAUGUGACAUGGCCAUAAGAACCUUCGAAAUCGAUCAUCUGCGCUUCUUGUGUCCUCGUGCAACCGUGUUGAAGAAUCCCGUUAUUUAUUUUCUUCUUCUAAUCGAAUCCUGUAGUAUCCAUCACUGGCCUGUCCGUCUCCUUCAUGGCCUCUUUUCUUCCCACCACGUUCGUCCAUGGAAGUAUAGGUACGCGCGUGAAACAGGCGCCUUCGUGCUAGUAGUCGCGAUAUAAAACUCGUGAGGCACACUUGUGAACGACAAAUCGUACGUGGCUAUCUGAACGAAAACGUAGUUACUGUCACGCGCGUGCACAAACUCGUGUGUUCGAAUUCACAACGGAACGUGUUGCGUAGAGAGAACCGGAUUCGUAACAAUUCCUUGAAUCAUAUUGUGCUCUUUUUCUAUCUUACUUUCUCUCUGGACCGUGUACCAAAAAAGCCUUAAACACGAAGCUUCUAGAGGAUCAUAGUUCGGGGUGCAACGAGGGGAGGGCAAUGAAAACGUCGUUAUCCUCCAGUGACAUGAUUAAACAGGAGAUUAGAGAUAUCUGUAAAGACUUGAUCCUCUCAGAUGACAAACUUCGACAGCUUAUGGACACUUUGAAUGACCAAUUACAUAAAGGUCUAGCUAAGGAAACGCAUCCAACUGCGACAACGAAAUGCUUCCCAACCUAUGUUCAAGAUCUUCCCCAAGGCACAGAGAAGGGUAACUUUUUGGCUCUGGAUCUUGGCGGGACGAAUUUCAGAGUGCUAUUGAUCACUCUCGAUAAUCAGAGUUUCGACAUGAAGAGUAAAAUCUAUGUCAUACCGCAAAGUUUAAUGGUGGGGACCGGUGCACAACUCUUCGAUCACAUAGCUCAAUGUUUGGCCAUGUUCGUCAAGGACUUGAAUCUUCAGCAUGAAAUUCUACCUCUUGGGUUUACUUUUAGCUUCCCAUUGGUACAGCAUGGACUAACGCAAGGUUAUUUGGUCAGGUGGACGAAAGGAUUCAAAUGUGAUGAUGUAAUAGGUGAAGAUGUAGUUGAGUUACUUGAACGGGCGAUUAAGAAAAGAGAUGAUGUGAAAAUCGAGAUAUGCGCCAUUUUAAAUGACACUACUGGCACUUUGAUGUCAUGCGCUUGGAAAAACAAGAAUUGCCGUAUUGGAUUAAUUGUCGGAACUGGUACCAAUGCCUGCUAUGUAGAAAAGUUGGAAAACAUAGAAACCGUGUAUCCAGAAAACGUAUUACCAGGAAAACCUAAAAUGCUGAUCAAUAUCGAAUGGGGUGCCUUCGGUGAGGGUACGCUUCUUGAUUUUAUUGCAACAGACAUUGAUCGUGAUGUCGACCAGAAUUCGAUUAAUCCGGAGAAACAAGUGUUCGAGAAGAUGAUCUCUGGCAUGUAUAUGGGAGAAUUGGUAAGGUUGCUCAUUGAGAAAGCGAUAAACGCUGGACUAUUGUUUAUCGGAAAGCCUACAAACGAGCUGAAAAAACGUGGAAGAUUCUACGCGAAAUACGUUUCAGAAAUUGAAAAUGAUCCUAAUGGGAAAUACACAAAUUGUCGUGAAAUAUUGGCAGAAUUAGGAUUGCGAAAUGUUACUGAUCAAGACUGCGAGAACGUUAAGUACAUUUGCUCUGUUGUAUCAAGGAGAGCAGCUCACUUGGCUAGUGCUGGAAUCGCUACAUUGUUGAAUAAAAUGGGCGAAGAUAAUGUCGUCGUUGGAAUUGAUGGCUCGGUAUAUAGAUAUCAUCCACACUUUCACGAUCUUAUGACCGAGAAGAUAAGCCAAUUACAGAAUCAUAAGUUCGAAUUAAUGCUCUCCGAGGAUGGUAGUGGUCGUGGAGCGGCGCUGGUCGCCGCAGUGGCUGCUGGGAAUCGGUGAAGACAACGGUUGUGCCACAUCUCCUUAGUUUAGAUUAAAUUAAGUUAUAUGCAGUAACGAUACAAAUUUGACACACCAUUAAUAUAAUAACAUACACAAAAAAUAUAUAAAGUCAUGCGUAUGUGCCGAAGAAGAAGUCAAAGAAAACUAGCUACUAUUAAACUAAAGAAAAAGAUAGGCAAAUAGACGAACGAGUGAAAUUCUGUCUGUUAAGAAGAAUGAAAUGAAGAAUGCAUGAAUGUAAGAGUGAAUACAAAUGAAGCAAAAGGAUGUAUUUGUGUGUGCGUGUGCGGGUGUGUGUACGUGUGUACACGCGAAUGAGUGAGUGAGUGAGUGAAUGAGAUAGUAAGAGAGAGAGAGAGAGAGAGAGAGAGAGAGAGAGAGAGAGAGAGAGAGAGAGAGAGAGAGAGUGAGAUAAUAGCCUAAACACAAGAAGACUUGGAAGCAACAGUACUUGAAAAAAUACUUACAAAUUGACAAAUUAUAUAUUACCAGAUAAAAGAAAAAAAUAGACAAAAUUCAUAAUUAAAAACUCUUAUCUAAAAACAAACAUGGUUGCACGCAAACAAACGAAUAAAUAAAAUAAAAUGUAA